AUGCCUACUACUCGUCCCAUUGUCCGCGCGGCAUGCCAUAGCCUCUCAAGUAUCCGGCAUGCUUCCACAAACACCGCGAAGAAAGCAGGUCCUCUGGCCGGCAUCACCGUGGUCAGUCUGGAACAAGCCAUAGCCGCACCCUUCUGUACCCGCCAAUUAGCCGACCUGGGAGCCCGAGUCAUCAAAGUCGAACGUCCCGGCGUCGGGGACUUCGCGCGCAACUACGACACCCGCGUUAAUGGCUUAGCCUCCCACUUCGUCUGGACCAACCGGUCCAAAGAGAGUCUCGCCUUGGACCUCAAAAAGCCGUCCGAUCACAGCGUGCUAAUGCGCCUGCUCAGCCGCGCUGAUGUCCUCGUCCAGAACCUCGCCCCGGGCGCCAGUGCCCGGCUGGGAUUAUCCUACGCGGAUCUCAAAGCCGCUCAUCCUUCGUUGAUCGUGUGCAAUAUCUCUGGGUAUGGUCCUGACGGACCGUACCGCGAUAAGAAGGCCUAUGAUCUGUUGAUCCAGAGCGAAGCCGGCAUGCUCUCCGUCACGGGGACAGGGAAAGAGCCGGCUAAGGUGGGCAUUUCCAUCGCUGAUAUUUCCGCCGCUAGCUAUGCCUACUCGAAUAUCCUGGCGGCGUUGUAUCAGCGGGAGAGGGAUCCCGCGAAGCAAGGGUGCAACAUUGAUAUCUCGAUGUUGGAGAGUAUGGUUGAGUGGAUGGGGUUCCCCAUGUACUAUACCUAUGAGAAUGCCCCGGGUCCGACACCUGCUGGUGCUUCGCAUGCGGCUAUUUAUCCGUAUGGGCCGUUUGAGACGGGUGAUGGAACGGUGAUGUUAGGGAUUCAGAAUGAGCGCGAGUGGGCCAAGUUCUGUGACAUCGUAUUGGGUCGAGCUGAUUUGGCUACGGAUGAGCGGUUUGUGAAUAACUCGCUGCGGUCGCAGAACAGAGAUGAGCUGAAGAAGAUCAUCUGCGACGUCUUCUCGUCGCUUUCUGCGGAGCAGGUCAUUGCUCGACUGGAUGAAGCGGCGAUUGCGAAUGCCAGCGUCAAUGACAUGCAAGGCGUCUGGAACCACCCGCAGCUGAAAGCCCGGCAGCGAUGGACUGAUGUUGAGACUCCAGCGGGGACUGUGCCGGCCCUGUUGCCUCCUGGAAUGACCCUGGGUGAUGCGGAUACUUAUGGGGCGCGCAUGGAUGCGGUCCCUGAAGUCGGUGAGCAUAACAGGGCGAUUCUGGCUGAGUUGGGACUCGACGAGGGUACAGAGAAAUAG